AUGGGUUCGCCGAUUUCGGGAUUCAUCGCCGAGGCGGUCCUGCAACGGUUAGAGUCGCUGGUCUUCCAACACCACAGACCGACGUUCUGGGCCCGGUAUGUGGAUGAUACCUUCGUCGUUAUCGAUCGGGAUCAACUGCUGACAUUCAAGGAACGUCUGAAUGCGGUAUUCCCGGACAUACAAUUUACGAUGGAGGAGGAAGAGAACAACCAGCUGGCCUUCCUGGAUGUCCUCGUAUGCCGCAAGGAUUGUGGUGGACUAAAGACCAAAGUGUUCAGGAAAGCGACAAAUACGAUGCAAGUACUGAACUUCAACAGCAACCACCCAGUCAUUCACAAACGCAGUUGUGUAAGGACGCUCUAUCGGCGUGUCGAAACACACUGCAGUGAGCCGGAAGACAAGAUUGCUGAACUACAAUACCUCCGACGGGUAUUCAAAGCCAAUGGCUACCCGCGCAACUUUGUCAACCGGUGCAUACGCAAAAUGGGCGAAAGGACUAACCGCAGGGACACCAAAGUUUGGCGAGCGCUUCCAUAUGUCAAUAACGUUUCGGAAGCUGUUGGCCGCCUUCUCGCACCGCUGGGGGUUGGAGUUGCACACAGGCCAGAGGCAACCAUCAGGCGUCAAUUGAUGAAACCAAAAGACCCACUGCCACGGCAAGAAACGUCUGGAGUCGUUUAUCGGAUCUGGUGCAGUUGCGGACAAAGCAACUACGUCGGAGAAACCGGAAGACAGCUCCGAACGCGAAUGGCCGAACACGCUGCAGCAGUGCGGAGAAAUUACGCCAACUCUCAAGUUGCGGCUCAUUCGACGGGUUCCGGCCACACAUUCAAAUUUGACGAGGCCGAAGUUCUCGCAAGAGGUGACAACCGCGUGAGCCCGGAGCUGCUUGAGUCAUGGUUCACUGGCCCCCAGUCUAUUAACAAGUGCAAUGAUCUUCCCAUUCAAUACAGCGUGCUGAGACUUCGUCUGGGCGGAGAAAUUGGCUACGCGGGGAGCGCCCUGAUGAACACUCUUCCCAACACCCGGGUCAGCGCGUCAGAUGGUCGAGCAAUCAUCACACCAACAUCCAACGCACGUGAUGAAAUUUCAGCAAUUAACGACGCGAAUAUCGACCAUCACGCCACGUGCAACGAUCCCUGA